AUGACUAGUCUACCAACUUCCAAAAACCCCAUUAUCAGAUUGGUCACCCCAAUCCUCGUAAUAUUGGGAUUAGGGUAUUUGGAUUUUGUGGCAUACUAUUCAUUAGGAUACCAAGAGAUUUAUCGAUAUCAUGGUAAAGGAAUAGCUAUUUCUUUAUGGGUAUUAAUCAGCAUAUUCCAAGUACUCACAUUCAUAUAUUGGGGAGCUAUUAUCUUGGCUGGUCCAGGAAGGUAUCCUCGAGAGAAUCCUUAUGAUCUAUAUGGCACAGGUGAAGGUGGGCCGGUACCUGAUUAUUUUAUUUGCGAUGAUUCAGGAUUUCCUAUUUGGUGUAGUAAUUGUCAAUCGAUUAAGAUACCUAGAAGUAAACAUUUAUCAAGAUCCAAUCGUUGUGUUCCUAAAGCUGAUCAUUUUUGUCUUUGGGUUGGUGAUUCAUUGGGGCAGAACAAUUAUCGGUUCUUUCUCAAAUACUUGCUUUGGUUCGACAGUUAUUUCAUUACCAUACUUUGCUAUUUGGCUGUUUAUACCCCUUCAAAUUACCAAAGAGGUGAGAUAAAUCAUAACUUCAUAGUUCUUUACGUUCAAUGUGGUUUCUGGAUACUAAUGAUUCUGUUAUUAAUCGGUUCCAACAUUCUUUACUUGAUGUAUAAUAUGACAACAAUUGAUGAUCUAGCAGAGAAAGCAGCAAAGAGAAAGAAUAGAUCAAAAAAUUCUGAAUCCCAUGUCGAUAACAAUGUUUUCCUUAAUGUCAAACACGAAAAUUUACGUUUAGUAAUUCAAUGUUCAGUCUUUGAUAGACUCUAUAAUUUUGGUUUCAAGCAUAAUUUUAUCAACGUUUUCCUUUAUGAUAAUACCACACAAUUAUAUUCCGAAGAUAAGUAUACCACUCAAAAGUUCAUUUUGUCUAUAGCUAUCUGUUUUAUUCCAUUUUUGGACAUUUUCUUUAGACGGCCAAAGAAUGAUAACUUUUACCCUGCAUUGAGCCCCAAAUUUCAACAACAUAUCGAAGAGAAGAUCAACAACAAAAGAUGUUACCUCCCACUGUAUGUGUCACAAAAAGAACCUAGGGAAUAG